UUGGAAUGCCUCUCUUUACCAUCAACUCAACAAAACUUUUCAACAUAUGUUUAGAGAUUGUAUGCUGUCUGGCUUUGCCAAACAGUUUGGGUGAGACUGGCCACUGAUUUUUGGAAGGAGAUUGCAUGCAAAGAAUAGAGAUAGAGAGAACAGCAGCUUCCCGCCAACCCACCCAGCAGAGCGAUGCCCUUCACACAGAGAGAGAGAGAUCAUCUCACCACACGGUCCAAACAAGCGCAACUGUGAGCAUCAAUGGCCGCCAGUGCCUCUUUCCCGCUUCCUGCAAAAUUCCGAUUUCAACAACCCCAUUCAUGGCCACCCUCCCAUACAGACCCAAUCCCCAACACCCUCCUCUCACCCUCUCUCUACGAGGCCCAAGAAGUUAAUGGCCAAGACGACAUGCCAAACCUGCACCAAGAAUGGCCAACACUUCUGCGAACAUGCAAUGGGUUCAAGGAUUUGAAGAGAGCAAAAGCCCUUCAUGGCUUCCUCUUGAAAUCGACCUCUCCAAACUCCAUCUUUGAGAGCAACAAUCUGAUCAAUAUGUACUCAAAAUGUAGUUGCUUAGAUAGUGCUCUCCAGGUGUUUGCAGUGAUGCCCACAAAAAACCCAAUCUCAUGGACUUCAAUAAUCUCGGGCUGUGUUCAAAAUGAAGAGUUUAGUGCUGCAGUUUCCAUGUUCAAAGAGGCCAAUCAAAGAGGAGAGAAAAUCAAUGAGCACGCAUACACUGUGCUAUUGCAGGCUUGUGCUAUUUUAGGGUUGGGUUUGGGAAGACAGCUUCAUGGGUUGACAGAGAAAUUUGGAUUUUCUACAAAUCCCUUUGUGGGCACUUCUCUUGUUGCCAUGUAUUCUAGAGAGCGAUACAUUGGAGAUGCACAGAAGGCAUUCGAAGGGAUUGCAGAGAGAGAUGCACGGUGCUGGAAUGCCAUGAUUGCAGCUUAUGCACAGAAUGGCUAUGAAGAGGAAGCCAUUAGAGCUUUCUGUGAUCUUAUGCAAUCUUCUGGUUUGGGUUUCAAUGAGUACUCCAUUGGCAAUACUAUCAGUGCAUGCUCUGGUUCCAGGGGUUCUUGUGAGGGCAAGCAACUCCAUGCUCUUGCCAUUAAAUCUGGCAGUUUUUCUCAUAUGUGUGUUGGAAAUGUAACUAUUAGUAUGUAUGUGAAAUUAGGCCUCCUAAGAGAUGCAGAGAUGGUGUUCAAUGGGAUGAGAGAGAAAAAUCUGGUUUCAUGGACUGCAUUAAUGUCUGGGUAUGCUCAAAAUGGUGACAGAGAGAAAGCACUUGGUGGGUUCUUAGAGAUGCAUGCUUUGGAUGUGGGUUUUGAUUCAUCUAGCUUGACAACUUUGCUUGAAGCUUGUUGUGGCUCUGGUUGUGGUGUCCAGGUUCAUGCCUUAGCGAUAAAGAUUGGUUAUGUCUCAGAUGUAUAUGUGAGCACCGCGCUAAUAGACAUGUACUCAAAAUGUGGAAAGACAGACUCCGCAUUUCUGAUUUUUAAUGGCUUAUCAAAGUGGAAUGUUGUUUCCUUCAAUGCUGUUGUAGCUGAUUGUGCCCGAAAAGAGAGCCACCAGGAAGAAGCACUGGUUCUUUUUAAUGACCUAAGAUUUACUGAUGUAGAACCUGAUUCAGUUUCUCUCUCAUGUCUUAUGAGCAUUUGUGCUAACCAGGCCUCUAUAGCUCAAGGGAAGAGCUUUCAUGGAUGCAUCAUAAAGUCAGGACUAGAUAGUGAAAUUAUGGUUGGAAAUUCAACGAUAAAUAUGUAUGCAAAAUGUGGAAGCAUCAAAGAUGCUCAGAGGGUGUUUGAGGGGAUGGAAAGAAAAGACUUGAUCACUUGGAACUCUAUGAUUUCCGGUUAUGCACUCCAUGGACAGGGGAAGGAAGCUCUCCAAAGCUUUGAGGAGUUGGAGAGAGAGAGAAUCAGACCGGAUGAGGUCACUUUAUUGGUUGUUCUUCAAGCUUGCAGCCAUUCAGGCCUAUAUAAAGAUGGCCUUCACUUAUUCAAGACAAUGGCUGAGAGGUUCGAAAUCAAGCCUCUUAUAGAGCACCAUGCCUCUAUGGUUGACAUCAUGGGGCGAUCUGGUCUUCUCCCGGAUGCGUUGAGUUUCAUUGAGAGGUCCCAAUUUUCUCGCUUUCCUUUGCUUUGGAGGACUUUGCUCAGUGCCUGUAGCAUUCAUGGAGAUGUAAACCUCGGGAAAAUUGCUGCUGAAAAAUUGCUUGAGUUGGGGCCCGAUGACUCGGCAUCAUAUAUACUGGUCUCAAACAUGUUCUCAAGCAAGAGAAUGUGGGGUGAAUCAGCACAGGUGAGAACAGCAAUGAAUGAUAGGAAGAUGAGGAAGGAGAUGGGUUGCAGUUGGAUUGAGGUUGAGAACAAGGUCCAUAGGUUUCAUGCAAGUGGGAGAGAGCAUCCAGAGAGCAGAGAAAUAUAUGAAAAGUUGGAGAGAUUGAGUGAUGUGAUAAGAGAGAAAGGAUAUGGGCCUGCUACAGAUGUGCCUGUUGGAUGAGUUGUGGUUGGGUUGAAGGGUGAGAAACUGAAGUACACUAAGAUGCAAAACUAUGUGCUGAUUGAACAACGUUAUAAAGACUUACAUGUAUAAAAUGGCGCAGGAAAGGGAAACAUGAUGAGAGAGAAAGGGCAUGUACCUAUAAAGCAUGGAUACAUUGAAGAGUGAGAGACAGGUCACCGGAGGGAUGGAUAGAUUGAAGAGUGAGAGACAGGUCACCGGAGGGAUGGAUACACUGAAGAGUGAGAGACUGAAGCAAAUUGAGACCUUAAUAAAGUGAUCUAACGGAGAGUGGAGGGGAAAAAGUGAAGAUGAUUGGAACAUUAGUCUCGACUAUCAAUAAUAAAUCACUAAGGACACGUACGCGUGUAAAUAUUUUUAUAAAAGUAUUUUUAUGUGAAAAAACCCUCUCAUAUGACUGAUGUGGGAGUUUUUUUUACACGUAGCCAUUUGAUGUGAAAAACUCUGUACACAAAAAUACGAGAGAGUUUUUCCAUGUGAAAAUCCCUUUACAAAAAUAUUCACGCCUAACAAAUGUGCCCUAAAUCUAAAAGAAAUACUACCAACAUAUUGCCCCUCUAUGAAUUCAACAUUCAUAGUGAAAUUAACUGCACAUC